GAUAAAACAAGAAUGUAAUCCGAUGUUUCAUAUAUCUUGACCUUCAGAUAAGAUUUUCAUUCAAAGCAUUUCAGUUGCUCUUCAGUAGUCAGGAUGAAAGCUUUGCUAAUUUUUUCAGUGGCGGUUUUUGUUGCGUCUGCACAACAAUGCAAGCCAAGGUUCCAUUACUGGAGGCCUUUCAAUGGAACUAUACCAAAUGAUGCUUUCGUAGCAUCCACCGAUCAAGAUGGCAAGAGAAGCUUUGUUGCGAAAAUAGUACCUAUGGACCAGUAUUCUUGGACCGUGCCCACUCAAUUCACAGAAGGAACAUGUAAUCACUUGGAAUUCGCAUGGUGCUGUAAGUCGGACAAUACUGUAAUGAGGGUGGAUGAAUUCAUAGAGAUCCUAUGCACGGAUACUCCACAAAAUUUGUCUUGGAGAAAGGUUAACGCUUUCGCCUCAGAGAUAUCGUCCAAAUGCUGCAUGGUGCAGGGUGGAAUUGGAUGGUAUGGUGACCGGAUCUAUAGAGCUUUCAUCGGCAAGGGCUUGAGGGAAAAUCGCAACUUCAUUGGAAGAAUAUAUCUGGAACACGAAUGGCCCGGUGUGCAUAUAAUGGAUGGUGCAACAUCUACGAAAAUCUACAAAAAUUUCGAAGUUCUUACAUACGACUGCGAAGAGAAAGAGAAUGUUGUGCCUGUUGUUUAACCCAAACUAAUUUAAUGAAGGUUUUAGUUAUGCUUCCAGCAGUUCCGGCUGAAAAUUAGAAUAAGAAAUAAGUGUGCAAAGUAAAAGAUAUUUCAAUAAAGGCGAGAUGUAUACAUUAA